UUUCAGUCCCUGUGACGCGCUACCGCAGUGGGCAGGGACGGGGCGGAGACCUCUCGGUCGUUCGCUCGAACACGUCCAGCAACAGCAGCUCAGGCCCCGCCUCUUUCUCUUCAUAGCUCCUCCUGCUGAAGCCUAUGCUAGGAUAGCCACUCGGGUGCCCGCGCAACAGCUGCUGUCCCGCCGUCCGGGGGCUGCAGACAGGUAGUCCAGCCGCGCGCGUUUCGGGUCUGCGGCCGGAGGCGAUGUCGGCGCUGGAGUGGUUCGCGCACAAGUCCCUGGGCGGAGGCAUCUACUGGAUUCAGGAGCGCUUCUAUGAGUCGGGCAACCGGGCCAACAUCUGGCUGGUACGCGGCUCGCAACGGGACGUGGUGAUCGACACCGGGCUGGGGUUGCGCAGCCUCCCCGAGUACCUUCACUUGGCUGGGCUUUUGGACACCGAGUCAGUCCCGGGCGACGACGCGAGGGAGCGUCGUGGCGAAGAAGAGAAAGUGCCGGUAGGCUGCGGGCGGCGGCGGCCGUUGCUAGCGGUUGCCACCCAUGUGCACUUCGACCACGCCGGUGGGCUGCACCAGUUCGAGGACGUGGCCGUACACAGUGCCGAGGCCAGAGCCCUUCGCCGGGGUGACAACUACGAGACGGUCACUUGGCUCUCGGACAGCGAGGUAGUGCGGCAGCCCAGCCCUGGCUGGAGCGCCCGGCAGUUCCGAGUGCGGCCCGUCCAGCCGACGCUCAUCUUGCAGGAGGGGGAUGUGAUCAACCUUGGUGAUAGACAGCUCACUGUCAUGCAUAUGCCUGGCCAUUCAAGAGGAAGCAUUUGUUUACAUGACAGAGAACGGAAGAUAUUGUUCAGUGGGGAUGUUGUAUAUGACGGCUCAAUGAUUGACUGGCUACCCUACAGCAGGAUAAAUGACUACGUUGCGUCCUGCCAGCGACUGAUAGAGUUAGUGAACAGAGGUCUUGUGGAGAAAGUCCUUCCAGGGCAUUUUAACACAUUUGGAGCUGAACAGCUGUAUCGUUUGGCCUCCAACUAUAUUUCUAAUGCUGGGGUGUGUCACAAAGUUUCUACCUGUGCAGUCAGAUCAAUUGCAAGUCUAGCACUUCGGGCCACAAAUUCUAGAACAACUUCAUAGCAUAACUUGUUUAAUAAUAUAGUAUUGUAAAACCCAAUGGCAUAUGUAAGUUUAUUUAAAGGAAAAGCUGGCUGAUAAGCCAUAAAGAUUCCUAUUUUUAUCUACUUCAUUUCUAUUUUUUAAAAAUAACAAUAUAAGCUAGUAGCUGUGCCAAAGCUACUCAUUUUUUCGUCUAUUUUUCAAGGCAGGUUUGCACAUAUGUUGAGUGCUGUUUGACAGAUGUUCUAAAUACAUUGUUCUGUAUUUUGAAACAAGUGGUAUACUAAAUGAAAUGUUUUGCACUCGUGUCAAACUUUUUUAUGACAUCCUGAGUUAGGUAUUUGUGUUGAAAGUAUAUUUUAAAUGGUUGAAUUGUAUUAUGAACAGUAUUGGGGGGGCAGGUGUUACAACAUUCCACUGUCUCAUUACAUGCACUAAGAUAAAGUACCCAAUAAUUUAAUUUUUAUUGUACGGGAUAAUUGUAACUUGAAAUUAUUAUCAAAUGUUAAUAUAAACCACUACAUCAUAUGUUCUUCUUCUUGAAUUAAGUGUUUUGCAUUUGGCUAUUGUUUAUAAAAUGAAAUGUAAGUUAAUAUUUCAAGUACAUUGCUUGCUCUUUAAAUGUGACUAAUGGUGUAGAUGUGAGAGUGUAACUGUUAGAAAAUCAGUGUGAUGGUUUUAUAUAUAAUACACACAACCAUGAUCAUC